GAGAUUUCAUUGUGGGCUAAACCCCGAAUUUAUGUGCACGCUCACCUUUGUCUUAUAAGCCCCUGCCGCCGCCAAUGUCAUCGGAACUAGAACCAGCUACGAUCGAACUGAGAAUCACAUGAGUCACUUUUGUUUUCAAGGAUACCCUUGGCCUCAGACCUCCAACAUUCCUCCAAGAUGAGGAACACUAUUCAGGUUCCUCGCUAUGCGAGAGCAAGCAUUAUCGCUUCGUGCGUGGCCAUGCUCUUUGGCCUUGAUACCGGCAGCAUUGGCCCAGUGACGACCAUGCCGUCUUUCCGUCAAACAUUUGGUGACUUCUCUCCCACAAUGCACGGGGUCAUUGUAUCAUCUGUUCUCAUCCCUGGAGCUCUGUCAGCCCUCGUUUCUGGUGCCAUGGCAGACCGAUUCGGGCACGUUCUUCUCUUCGCACUGGGGUCUUUUGUCUACGGCUGCGGUGCGGCUCUUGAGUGUGCGUCGCCCAAGAUUGGGCUCUUCAUUUUUGGUCGUCUGAUCAAGGGUGUUGGUGAAGGCAUGUUCUUGAGCAACGUUUAUGUGCAGGUAUCCGAAUUGUCCCCUGCCCGGGUUCGCGGUAUUAUGACGGCCCUGCCGCAGUUCUCCAUCGUCACUGGCAUCGUCGUUGGGUAUUUUAUGUGCUACGGAACCGCCCGAAUAGAAUCGUCAUCUCUGGCAUGGCGCCUUCCGUUGGCAAUCGCCUCUUUACUCGGCAUCGUUCUCUCCAGCACCUACUGGAUAGUUCCAACGUCACCAAGGUGGCUGCUCAGCAAAGGGAGAUUGGACGAGGCUCGAGUCGUGCUCGACACAUUGGGGCUCGACGAAAACGAGCGAGUGGAGCUCCUCGAGCAGUCUAUGUCCGAGGUGCAAGAGCACAGAGCCAAUGUGACGCUCUGGGAACUCUUGCGGCAGACUUUUGCGGAUUUCGGCGAGGCCUUCUCGGCUCCUUUCAGGAGCAGAACUGCGUUUGGUUGCUUCCUCAUGUCGGCCCAACAGCUGUCUGGCAUCGACGGAAUCCUCUACUAUGCCCCUAUCUUGUUCACACAAGCUGGACUCGCUGGAGAGCAAGCAACUUUCCUCGCGUCCGGCGUUUCGGCGUUGGUCAUUCUGGCUGUGACUGUCCCGGCCACAUUUUUGGCUGAUCGUUGGGGAAGACGAACGUCGAGUUUGCUGGGCGGAGUACUCAUCACCGCUCUGAUGCUUUUGAUGGGUUCUCUAUUCGCCGCUGGAGAGGUUCACGCCGACUCAGGGGCAGGGAAGUGGGUGGUCAUCGUAUCGAUCUACCUUUUUGCCCUCGUCUACAGUUGUACGUGGGCCAUCGGCUUCCGUACUUUUAUGGUUGAAAGUCUGCCAAGCAAGACAAGGAGCAGUGCAUCUAGCCUUGCUCAAAGUGCCAACUGGCUUUCUAAUUAUGUCGUUGCGCUGAUAACACCAGUACUGCUGUCAAAGUCCACUUUUGGGGCAUACUUUCUUUUCGCGGGUUGUUCACUUGUUUGCACCGUCGUCGUAGCGGUAGUUAUGGUGGAGACGCGAGGGCAUAGUCUCGAAGCGAUUGAGAAGAGAUACUCUGAGAGGAAAGCAACGGCUACCGGUAGAUGGAAGAUGACGGAGUUAAGGCCGAGGAGACUCCGAACCGAUGUCUGACCUUCCAGGGUCAAAGGCAGUAGGGACAAGUAGUAGACCAGCAGCGUGUAGCAAAACCCCUACCAGGUGAUUGAGCUAAGUAUCGAAUAUACAUGCUGAAUAGAAUACAAU